GACCCCGCCCCAAUUAAGAGGUCAGGCGAACUCUCUGUAGACUUAGGGAAAACAAGAACAUGGGGGAGAGGAAAUCUACCAACAAGUACUAUCCACCAGACUGGACCCCUGACCAAGUAGAAAAACAGCUAUAUUUUUAUUCGUUGACAAAAAGCUCUUGCCAUUAUGUUAGGGGUCACUAAACACCUUCCAUGGCUCACAUCCACUGCGUGAAAGGGCGAGAAAACUUGACCGAGGGAUUCUCAUCAUUCGGUGAAAUUCUUCAUCUGACUUCUCUCUUCUCAACUCAUACCCUCUCCUUUUAUUUCUUCGACAUUUUCCUUUUUCCUCGGUUGAAAUAGUCUCUCUUUCUCUCACUGUGCUACGUGUAGGUUUGAGCUCCCGUUCAACAUCUGGUGUAAUGGAUGUGGAUCCCACGUGGGAAUGGGCGUGCGCUACAACGCCGAGAAGACACGAGCUGGUAGCUAUUACUCCACACCCAUCUUCAAGUUCAGGAUGAAGUGCCACUUGUGUGACAACCACUUUGAGAUACAGACUGACCCUAAGAACAUGGCCUAUGUGGUGGUGAGUGGGGCAUCGAGGAAGAACGAGAGAUGGGAGGAGAAGGAGGGAGAGACCGUGUCUGUGGAGGGUCACUCUGAGGCCCAGAAACUGGCGUCCGAUGCCAUGUACCGCCUGGAGCACGGCGUUGAGGACAAGACAAAGGCUGAUGAAGCUGCUCCUCGCAUUGCACGAAUCAUGGCUAUGAACGACGAAAAACUUGAAGAUUUCGGACUCAACCAGCUCAUUAGAAAGAAGUUCAGGGGGGAAAAGAAGGCACUGAAGGCCAAGGCAGAUGCAGACGAAGAGAUACAGAAGAGAGCGUCGAUAUCCAUCCCACUAGUUGAAGAGAAGAAAGAGGACAUUGUGAGAGCCAGAGCCACUGAAUUUGCCGCAGGGACCUCGCUGGCUGAGAGAAAGAGGAGACGGAGGGAAAUAAAGUCACAGUCGGUGUUUGGUGAUGGGAGCAAGAUGGCUAAAGUGACAGUGCUCAAGACUGGAGCAAAACUAGACGGGAGCAUUUUCAGUAGAGGGAGACAUGAAAGAUCGACUGGUGGUGCUAGUAGUGGGUCUGUGGAUCAACACAGACAGUUGCUGGGGAUUAAAACCAGCUCUAGUUCUAAGACAUCAAAAUCUUAACUAUUCACUUCAUCAUACCUGUGUUUGUUGAUUGUCUGUUGGGUUGUACACAAAUUGGCAGCUUGCCGUUUUGCUAAUAAUGUGUAUAGAUUUUUUGGCCAGUGAGCUAUAUAUGUAGAAUACAAACAUAGAGAAGGAUAUGCCAACACUACAGCUGAAGGUGUCACACAAGUGAGUGUGAGUGGGGCUAGUCUUCUCCCGUCUGCUGUCUCCGUUUCUGUCUCACUCUGUCCAGAUAGUCUUCGAACUGGCACUGGUCCCAGUGGUGUUUCUCUGCCUGGCAUUUCCAGGGGAUGUAGUAGUUCUCCUUGCGACACUUGGCCAGAGGGAUGAACAGGUGGGCACAGUAGUCUCGCAGAACCAGCGGGACCUUCGCCUCCGCCAUCUCCUCCUGGCUCACCUGCAUCUCUCUCUUGAAAGGUUCAGCCAUGACCGCUGACUCUCAACCUUUUUGUUGCGACGUAGGUCAAACCGUUCUAUUUGGCGCCCACCUUGUUCCGU